AUGGCGGUCCAUGACAUUGAGAAGGGGCCCGGUAGGGCUCCUCAAGAAGAUGCGGGUCAGAAGGCUCCGGGAUUUGUAACAGAUCCCCUCGGUAGCAACACUCCAUUUGUCAAUGCGGAUAAACUCGCCCGUAAUCUUUCUGCACGUCAAGUUCAGAUGAUUGCUAUCGGUGGUACUAUUGGAACUGGUUUAUUCUUGGGAACGGGUAAAGCUCUGGCCACUGGCGGUCCGGCAUCUAUGCUUAUCGCCUACGCCAUUUGCGGUGGUAUUGUCUUUGUGACCAUGCUUUCUUUGGGUGAAAUGGCUUCUUUCAUCCCUGUGGCGGGAUCUUUCUGCACUUUUGCUGGUCGGUUUGUGGAUGAUGCGUUAGGGUUCGCUCUUACUUGGAAUUACUGGUUUAAUGAUGCGGUUUCCACUGCGUCUGAUGUUAUUGCUCUGCAACUACUGCUGCAAUACUGGACGGAUAACUUCCCCGGAUGGGCAAUCAGUCUGAUAUUCCUGGUUGUUGUUAUUGCUUUGAAUAUGUUUUCCGUCAAGGUUUACGGAGAGAUCGAGUAUUGGCUCAGUCUACUCAAGGUUGUAACUAUCAUAAUCUUCAUUAUUCUCGGGAUUGUAGUCAACUGUGGCGGCAACACUGAACACCAAUAUAUCGGAGGCAAAUAUUUCUAUGUCGAUGAUGCACCCUUUGUUGACGGUAUUGGUGGCUUCGCAUCCGUCUUCGUUACAGCUUCAUUUGCCUUUGGUGGCACCGAGUCCAUUGCAGUUACGGCGGGUGAAACCAAGGACCCAGCGAAGAACAUGCCCAAGGUGGUCCGCAACGUCUUCUGGCGUAUCAUUUUAUUCUACAUUGUGUCUAUCAUUAUUAUUGGCCUCAACGUACCAUACAACUAUCCUGGUCUGUCGAACGGAGACACGGCCACCAGUCCCUUUACUCUCGUCUUCCAGCAGGCUGGCAGUGCCGUCGCAGGCAGUUUUAUCAAUGCUGUGCUUAUGACUAGCGUCAUCUCUGCAGCGAACCAUGCUUUGUUUGCUGGAUCCAGACUGCUCUAUUCCUUGGCCGUUGACGGAUAUGCACCCCGGUUUUUCGGCCAUCUGAAUCGCUUUCAGAUCCCCUGGGUUGCUGUUUUGGCGACGUCUGUGAUCAGUGGCUUAUGCUUCGGCGCCAGUUAUAUCGGAGCUGGCCAGUUAUGGUCAUGGUUACAAAAUAUUGUCGGAGUUUCUAACCAGAUUUCAUGGGUCUGCAUUGGAGUGGCAUCUCUCCGUUUCAGAUCUGCUAUUCGCCACCAAGGCCUUGAACAUCUCCUCCCUUACAAGAACUGGACAUACCCAGUCGGGCCUAUCAUCGCCAUCUGCCUCAACAGUGUUCUCAUCCUCGUGCAAGGCUGGAAAUGCUUCAGUCCACACUUCAAGGGCGUCGACUUUGUUUCCUACUACAUUGAAAUCCCUGUCAUGAUUGUGAUGUUCCUGGCCUGGAAAUUGUUCAAACGGACACGGUUUGUUCAUCGCGGCGAGAUGGACCUGAUCACGGAUCGGUACAAUCUUAUCCACAGCACUGGAGUCGACGUGAAUGACUCAAACGAAGGCUCAUCAAAUAUCCACGACGAUAAUGCACCUCAAGCAGAUGGGUCUAGCAAGAAGAAAUUCUUCUCGUGGGACCCAGAGGACAAGAGCGUCCUGGGGAGGAUUAAGCAGGUUGGAAUGUGGUUGUUCUUGUAG